CUUUAACCUCUCAACAACUUCCCUUGAUACAAAGACAAAAUGGCAGCCUCCUUGCAACGCAUUGGAAUAGUUAUCUGCCGCACGUUUCCAGUCAUUUUACAGCGAAAUAUUCAAACACAGAUAAUUCGUGAUUGGAAAAUCACUGCUCCAGUGCUGCGGCAGAAUUUUCGUGCUUUAUCAUCAUCAUCAUCAUCAUCUUCUUCUGAUAACCCUGAAUCAGCUGAGACACUGUCUAGAUAUUCAGACAGACCAUGGGAAUACUUAGAAAGUGAAGAGUACAUUGAGCGCUAUGGAUCAAAGCCUGUGUGGUCUAACUACAGGAGGAACCAUAAGGGGGGCGUCCCUCCUCAAAAGACAAGAAAGACAUGCAUUAGAGGAGAUAAGAUAUGUGGCAACCCUUGUCCCAUCUGUCGUGAUCCAAACAUCAUUGUCCAUUACAAGAAUGUGAAUCUGUUGCAGCAGUUCAUCAGUCCUCAAACAGGAAUUGUGUAUGAUCCCACUCGAACCGGUGUAUGCAUGAAACAACAGAAACUACUUAACAAAGCCAUCGAAACAGCUAGAGAUUGUGGUUUGCUUUCUGCCCAGUUACCUCAUGUUGAUUACUCUAAAGAGGACUACUCAAACACUCAUGGUGCUGUAGCACCAACCCCUGCCCCAUUUUCUCUCAGCUCUGGAGAACUGUGGUACCCAUGGUAUGGUAGUAUAAAACCAGAUGAGCGAGAACUUGCAAGAGUGAAGCGGAUAUACAAAGACUACCUGAAAUCAGAUGUUUAAACCUUGUUGUAAUAGACCUUAGUCAGAGCAGAUAGCAUUUAUUUUACAUGAAUCAGUGAAGGAUAGACUUACAGGCUUUACAGUCCUAGAUUACAAGUCAUUUUUAAAACUCUUACUGCAUUUUGUCUAAUAUAAGAUAGCUGAUGAGCUGAAAAAUAGGUAUGUUGUUAAACAGCAGUACAACCCAUUUAAU